UGCUUUUUCCUGUUUAGCCUCCUCGGUCAGUUUGUAGUGACAGCUGUCCUCCAGGUACCCGUGUGGCCCGGAGAAAAGGUCAACCUGAGUGUUGUUUUGACUGUGUUCCUUGUUCUGGAGGAAAGAUCAGCAAUGCAACCAGUGAGUGUAAAGUCCUUAACCUGGGCCGAAAAGCCUGGAGUUUUGAUUUGGAAAAUUCUACAGUGACUUACGAUGACCACAACUAUCUUUUUUAUAGAUUCCAUGGAGUGCAUCAGUUGCCCAGAAGAUUUCUGGUCCAACAUCCAGAAUGACCACUGUGUUCCUAAGAAAACUGAGUUCCUCUCCUACCAUGAGCCUCUUGGUAUCUGUUUGACAGUUACCUCUGUACUCGGCUCAUUCAUUUGUACGGCUGUGUUGUGCAUUUUUGUUCAUUAUCGCAGCACACCUAUUGUUCGUGCUAACAACUCUGAACUUAGUUUUCAGCUGUUGAUGUCACUCAAGCUGUGUUUCCUUUGCUCGUUGCUCUUCAUUGGACCACCCAGAUUAUGGACAUGCCAACUUAGACAUGCAGCAUUUGGCAUCAUCUUUGUGCUUUGUAUCUCAUGUAUCCUGGUAAAGACUAUGGUGGUUCUGGCUGUAUUCAGAGCCUCUAAACCUGGAGGUGAAGCCAGUAUGAAGUGGUUUGGUGCUGCUCAGCAGAGAGGAACAGUUCUUGUUCUGACCUCAGUACAAGCAGCAAUCUGCACUGUUUGGCUUGUCUCUGCUUCACCAGCUCCUCACAAAAACACCCAGUAUCACAGUGACAAGAUAGUGUAUGAAUGUGCCAUUGGCUCCACUGUUGGUUUUGGAAUCUUACUUGGUUAUAUUGGUUUAUUAGCCAUUCUUAGUUUUGUGUUAGCUUUUUUGGCAAGAAAUCUUCCAGACAGUUUCAACGAGGGCAUUAGACUUCCUGUUUAA